AUGGCUCAAUCAGUGCUCUCCCGCCGGGCCCAAGAGGUUGUCGAUGCAGGAUCCGACAACCCCAUGUGGGACGUGAUGAAAGACCUGUGGGAUCCAUCCACAAACCCCAAUGGUUAUAUCAACGUGGGCGUCGCAGAGAACACCCUGAUGCACGCCGAGCUCUUAAAAUACAUCAACAAGAAACUCGAGCUACCAGCAAAGUAUCUCACAUACAACGACGGUGGAUGCGGCUCUUUCAGGUUGAAGGCUGCCAUCGCUGCCUUCUUGAACCACAACCUGAAGCCAGUCACGCCCCUUGAGUCGAGCCAUAUCAUGGCGACUAACGGUGUUUCGUCUGCGGUCGAGCAUGUCGUAUGGACCUUCGCUGAUCCCGGCGAGGGAAUUUUGUUAGGGAGACCUUACUACGGCAUGUUUAUCCCUGAUAUCUCGCUGCGUUCGCGGAGCCCCGUGGUUCCUGUCAGUUUCGGAGAACACGAUCCUCUCGGCAUCGACGGUGUGGAUAAGUACGAAGAAGCUUUGCUGGAGUUCCACCGAACCACCGGAAAGAAAGUCAAGGCUUUGAUGCUUGCUCAUCCUCAUAAUCCGCUCGGACGAUGCUAUCCCAGAGAAGUGCUCAUCAAGUUGAUGCGGCUCUGUCAGAAAUACCAGAUCCAUUUCAUCAGUGAUGAAAUUUAUGCCCUGUCAGUCUUUGACAAUACCGUCGAUGAAUCUCCAUCAGCGGUCAAGUUCGAAUCCGCCCUCUCCAUCGAUCUGACUGGAAUUAUCGACCCUCGUUUGGUCCAUGUCCUUUGGGGUAUGAGUAAAGACUUUGGCGCUAACGGUAUCCGACUCGGUGUCAUCAUCUCUCAAGCCAACCGUGAUGUGCAUGCGGCGUUGGCGGGCCCAGCGCUUUAUUCGUAUGCUUCUGGGAUCACAGAUCACUUGACUUCUCUCCUGCUCGAAGAUUUCGACUUCACCACCCGGUACAUUGAACAAAAUCAGAAGCUGCUGUCCGAAUCCUAUGCAUACACGGCGAACUACCUGAAAGCUCACGGAAUUGAGUAUGCAACAGGAUGCAAUGCUGCAUUCUUUGUCUGGAUGAACCUGGGAAAGAAGUACCGCGAGCUUCACCCGGAGGAUGGGAGCCAGGAUGUCGGGGAACGAGUCAUGCAACGCCUUUUGCAGAAAAAAGUCUUUUUGGCCAGCGGCUUUCUGUUCGGGUCUGAGAAGGAUGGCUGGUUCCGAAUUGUGUUUACUCAGGGCCAUGAAUGUCUGAACGUAGCUUUAGAAAGGAUCAACGCGGCACUUUAG